AUGUCGUCUUCUGGAGUCAAAGCUGAAUCGGGCUAUUCCCAAACUCAGAUUCCAUCAAUGCUGAAAUCCAACAGCUUUGUGUCUGGAGAGGCAAAGGAUUAUUAUAGCGGAGGAGGAGGAGGAGAACUAAUUGACCUUUUUGAUUGGUGGAAUGAAAUUCAAGAGUCGGAAAAAUGGCAGCGGGGAGUAUAUUACACUCUUUCUGCGUCUUAUGCAUUGGUUUCCUUGGUUGCACUGGUGCAACUUAUUCGCAUUCAGUUAAGAGUACCUGAAUAUGGUUGGACAACACAAAAGGUUUUUCACCUGAUGAAUUUUAUUGUGACAGGAUUGAGAGCCGUCCUGUUUGGAUUUUACAGAAACGUGUUUACCAUCAGAACGAAGGCACUUGAAUUGAUACUUUUGGAACUUCCAGGUCUGCUGUUUUUCUCAACAUAUACAUUACUUGUUCUGUUCUGGGCUGAAAUAUACUAUCAGGCAAGAAGUCUUCCCGUUGAUAAGUUUCGACCCACAUACUAUAUAAUUAAUGGUCUUAUCUACCUUCUCCAGGUGUGCAUCUGGAUCUAUGCAAGAGUCAGCCAGACGACAACUGCAGUUCAAGUUGCUCGGCUCUUUUUUUCAGUUCUCUCUUUUUCUGCUGCUCUGGGAUUUUUGAUAUAUGGCGGAAGGUUAUUCAUCAUGCUGAGACGCUUUCCCAUACAAUCUCGAGGCCGUCAAAAGAAACUGCAGGAGGUUGGAUACGUGACAUGCAUUUGCUGCGCUUGUUUCUUGAUAAGAUGCGUUAUGGAUGCUCUUUCUGCCUUUGACGAGGAUGUUGAUGUUGAUGUCCUGGACCAUCCGGUCCUCAACCUUUUCUAUUACAUGAUGGUGGAAAUUGUGCCAUCUGCAAUAGUGCUUUUUAUCCUACGGAAGUUACCUCCAAGACGUGUAUCGGAUCAGUAUCAAUCUAUCCGCUAAAGCCCUUUGAUUUUCUGAUAACCUGGAAUCUGCAAUAAGAGAGAACGUAUAUAGAGUGAAUAAUUUGAAAUGACUGCAAAGCUUUUGAUUAUCUGCCCUUCAACACAGCACAUCUGCGGAACUUUUCAUCUGUACUUUCCCACAUACAUUGCAACUCAGCAAAAUCAAUUGAGGCCGAAUCCACCUCGCACUUUUAUUCUGGUUGGAGA